GUUUUCUGUUUAGCUUCACCUGAAGUCUGGCUACCAGCAACGAAGAUGGUACCCCACGCAACCACCCCUCCUCCAGCUGCUCAUAGCAACCCUCCCCAUCCUAUUAUCGUCAUAUCUUCUUCAAGAGCAGUCGUUGCAGGACGGCUCACCGGGGCAACAAUUGUUAUCUCGAACACGACGGGAAAAGUCACAUCUAUUUUUCACUCAGUUCUUCCGCCAACUGACUUCCCAGAAGGGACUCCGUACACUGACUAUUCACCCCUCAUCCUACUUCCUGGUCUUGUUGAUGCACAUGUUCAUCUUAACGAGCCAGGCCGCACAGAAUGGGAAGGCUUCUGGACUGGCACACGUGCUGCCGCAUUCGGAGGUGUAACAACCGUUGUUGACAUGCCUCUCAAUGCCAUCCCACCUACAACCACUGUCGAGAAUUUCAAGACUAAAAUCGAUGCCGCGAAGGGCAAGUGCUGGGUCGACGUCGGUUUCUAUGGAGGUGUAAUCCCAGGUAAUGUUAGUGAGCUUAAAGGUCUUGUCAAGGAAGGUGUCAGGGGCUUCAAGGGUUUCUUAAUUAACAGUGGGGUUGAAGAGUUUCCGGCUGUGACCUCCACGGACAUCGAGCUGGUCUUGACCGAGCUAAGAGACUCAGCAACGACCCUUAUGUUCCACGCCGAAAUGAUUCCCCCAAUCACCGCCUCCGUUGGCGACGAUGUCCAGCACUCCAUGCCACCUCUUGCUCCCUCCGGCCCGUUGACUUACUACUCAACAUUCCUGGACUCACGCCCACCGUCAUUUGAAACCUAUGCUAUUGCCGAGAUACUCUCUCUUGCUCAUCUUGCCCCAGAUCUCGCACUCCACAUCGUGCAUCUUUCAGCCAUAGAAGCGAUUCCUCUUCUGCGCGAAGCCCGCAGUAAAGGCAUCAAGAUCACCGCAGAGACUUGUUUCCACUACCUUUCCCUCACAGCCGAGAGCAUCAAAGAUGGUGACACGCGACACAAAUGUUGCCCGCCAAUCCGGUCGCAGUUCAAUCAAGACGGCCUCUGGGAAGAGCUGCUCCAAGACCAAACCGACGGCGUCAUCAAAACGGUAGUAUCAGACCACUCGCCUUGCACUCCUAACAUUAAACUCCUUCCUAAAGCCUUCGCGCCUAAGAGAGAAAGCCACUGUAAAGAAGGCCACAACAGGGACUGCGAGAGUUGCGCAGACUCAGAUGUCGAGGAAGAGGGUCCGGAGGAGAAGGGUGAUUUCUUCUCAGCCUGGGGCGGGAUUUCGAGUGUUGGGCUUGGGCUGCCGAUUCUUUGGACUGAGGGUACUAAGCGUGAUGAGGAUUUUAGUAUUGAAGAGGUUGUUAGGUGGUGUUGUAAGAAUACGGCGAAACAAGUUGGACUUGGGAAGAGCAAGGGCGAUUUGAGUGUGGGCUUUGAUGCAGAUAUUGUCGUGUUCGAUGAUGAGGCUAAAUUUGUGGUCGAGCCGAGUACCAUGCUCUUCAGAAACAAAGUCUCACCGUACGAGAACAAAACUCUCAAGGGCGUUGUUAGGGAGACUUGGCUCCGAGGGCAGCGUAUUUACUCACGCGAAGAUGGAUUUAUGGAGAAGGCCGGCCCGACUGGCAAAUUAUUGCUUGAGCCGAGAGAGAUGAGUAAGUAAAUGGUCAUCCAACAGGGUAAUGGUUAGAGUAGAGUUGGAUUCAGCAUUUGUUCGUAGGGUACCGCCGUUUUGAGUCAUUUCCUUCGGGGCAUCGGAUGCAAGUACAUUUUUUGGAGAAGAUUUUCCAGAAUUGUUUGCGGUUUAUUGAUGUGCAUUUCAGCAUGCAUGACAUCACCAUCAUUGGCGUAGCCAAAAGCACAACUUUUGGUCAUGGGAUAUGUGACAUG